AUGUUCUCCUACAUCACUAUUUGGGAAGAGGGCACCGACCCUGCUGCUUUGUUUCCCAAGUCUGAUAGGUUGACACACCCUAAUGUCAUUGCCCAGUACUCUGACGAUUCAAUCCGGUACUUGUUCAUCACCGGAGUGAAUCACCCGGUGGGGAAUGAACUGGCCUUGAUGGAAUUUAUCGACAACGCCAUCACUGCGGAGAUUUACAGGACCACUCCACCCAAGGGGUCGGGGGGAACGGUGGCUGCCCUGACAUUUGUUCGAGAGACGUCUCCUGCGCUGACAGGCGGUGUGUGGAUACAAUUUCACAUCCCACAUUUGGUCUGUGCCAUGGGAAAUGGAGGCAUUCUGGGGUGGGCACAAAGUGACAUCAGGUGUUACUACGAAGUGGCAAUCUUGCCAGUGUCAGUGCAUUCUGGAGGAAUAUUGCUAUUCGCUCUCGUCGGGGGAGUUGUGGAGACUGGCCAACGUAACGGGGACUCUCAAAGUGACCGCGUCUUUGCUUACCGGUUGACGACUCUGGCCCCUUGCAUCAUGGAGCUUUUCGGGCUCUAUACUGAGCUCAAUGCCUCGCCAAAACUACUUCCAGGCUGCUGCUUGGCUAUCUCCAACAGGUUACUCACUUACAUGACCUCAAUCCUCCCCAAACAACCCGCGUUCACCAUCUCAGUCGGUAGUGGAUGCGGUCUACUUGAAGGGCUUGUAAUGUAUGCCCACCCGGAAGUAUCCGUGGAGGGCGUGGAGGUUGAGUCCUCCAUCAAUCGAUAUAUUGCGGAAGAGCGGAUGCAUGUUGUCAACGGGGGUUGGGGCGUCUAUCCGGGCGCGCAGCAUGCCGCAGCCUGGAUGUUUGUUUACCCACGCGACCCGAAAUUAAUAUCAAGGUACAUCCAUAUGUAUGGUGAUCAAACUGUCGAGAUGAUACUGUGGCUCGGGCCGCGUGCAGAUUGGGCAGAUUAUGAACCAUCCUUCUCUCAAUCUUCGUUUUCCGAUUUGAGCUUCCCAGUGGAUGUUGGACUGGCGCCGUAUGAACUCCUGGUUGUUGCUACACAGGGUGACCAUGAGAGAACAUAA